AUGCUUAAAGUCUCUGUUGCUGUCGUCGCAGCCAGCUUGGGCUUCAUUGAAGCUAAGUCUUGCACUGAUAUCUCUAUUCCAAUUUCUAUCAAUGCUCGAAAUGGCAAUUUCAACAUUCCACCUCUUUCUGAUUCUAUUGCCGUAACAAAAUUCGCACAAGAUUUCCUAAGAGCUGGGCAGAAUUACAGUGCAUCUACGUUAUCAGGAUUCACUACUGUAACUGGCCAAUACAAUAUUGCUGCGACUGUUUGUGUACCAAGCGAGUCGAGCAGUAACUCUGAUUCGUGGCAAUUCCUUACUCAUGGAAUUGGGUUCGAUAGAUCGUACUGGGAUUUGCCAUUCAACAACUACAACUACUCAUACGUGGAUGUUGCUGUUGACCAAUAUGGCUAUAGCACUUUAGCUAUCGAUCGCCUUGGAAUAGGUGAAUCCUCAAAAGCUGACCCAACAUCAGUCAUACAAGCUCCUGCCGAGCUUUCGGCAAUUGUAGAAGUGACAAAAUUACUACGUGCAGGCAACUUGCCAGACGUCGAGAUCUCAGAGCCAAAUAAGAUCGUCCAUGUCGGUCAUUCUUUUGGUUCCAUCUUAUCUUAUGAACUCGUUUCAGCAUACCCAAAUAUCACAGAUGGACUCAUUCUUCAAGGAUUCUCCUUUGACGGUUCUGCCCUACCCCAGACAGUUGCAGGAUUCAAUAUCCAAUCCGCAUCCGUGAACCAACCUUAUAAAUUUGGCGCUCCUUCCAUCGUCUCUCUCUUCGGCUCCGCAAUCUCUCAACUGGGAAGCACGUUUAGCAAAAUAGGAUGUUUCUACAUCGCCGGCUCAAACAAAGAUACAGGAAACAUCUACGCCCAGAAUCUCGCCGACGGCUACCUCACCUGGGCCAAUCUCGGCGCGAACCAAUUCAAUUUCCUCACCCCUCCCUUCUACGAUCCGGAAAUCGCAGAAUACACCGAAAAACACAAGGAGCCCUUUACGACGGGAGAACUCCUCACGUUGGCGGCGCAACCGGCUUCCGCGCCGGAGUUUGAGGGCCCGGUGCUGGUGCUGACGGGAAAUGAAGAUGCGAUUUUCUGUGGCGGGGAUUGUAUGGCGGGGGGUGGAAAUAAGCUGGAGAUGGUGGGAGGAGCGUUUCCCAGGAGUAGCAAGUUUAGGGCUCGUGUGUUGAGCGGCUGUGGACAUGCGGUUAAUGUGCAUUUUGUGGCCGGGGAGGCGUAUAGGGUUAUGAAUGAGUUUUUGGGGGAGGAGGGGUUUUAG